AUGGGCGGGCCACCGCGAUCUGAGAGAAAGCGCGAGGGAAAGUAUGACGACGCGGAACCGUUGUACGUAAGAGCUAUCGCUAUCGGAGAGAAGUCGUUGGGCCCAGAGCAUCCAGAUCUGGCCGUGUGGCUCAACUACUGGGCGGGGUUGUUGAAGGCACAGGGCAAGUACGACCAAGCCGUGCCGCUGUAUGACCGUUCCAUUGCCAUUCGCGAGAAAGUACACGGGCCUGAUCAUCCUGCGGUGGCAUCAGCGCUCCACAACCGGGCGUUGUUGUUGAAGGCACAGGGCAACUACGACGAAGCCGGGAAGUUGUGUGAGCGUUCUCUUGGCAUCCGCGAGAAAGCACUAGGGCCUGACCACCGGGACGUGGCCCAGUCGCUCGCGGGGUCGUUGGAGGCACAGGUGAGAGCCGCCAGAAAAUUUCAAGGAAGUUUGGUAUGGUACCGGAUAGACUUCGGGAGUGCCCAACAUCAGGGCGAGAGAGCGCGGGCUUUGACAACAUUCUUCCUGUCGUGCCUUUCCUUCAUGUUCCAGGGCAAGUACGACCAAGCCAGGCUACUGCGUUAUAACCGUUCCCUUGCCAAGCGGGCCGAGAUGUUCGAGAAAGACGCGGAGGGGUUGAAGGCACAGGGCAACUACGACGAAGCCGGGAAGUUGUAUGAGCGUUCUCUUGCCAUCCGCGAGAAAGCACUAGGGCCUGACCACCCGGACGUGGCCCAGUCGCUCAACAAAUGGGCGCUGUUGUUGGAGAGUCAGGUGAGAGCCAUACGAAUUCCAGGAAGUUUCUUGUGGUACCCGAUAGACUCAGGAGUGCUCAACAACAGGGCGUUGUUGUUGAAGGCACAGGGCAACUACGACGAAGCCGGGAAGUUGUAUGAGCGUUCUCUUGCCAUCCGCGAGAAAGCACUAGGGCCUGACCACCCGGACGUGGCCCAGUCGCUCAACAACUGGGCGCUGUUGUUGGAGAGUCAGGUGAGAGCCAUACGAAUUCCAGGAAGUUUCUUGUGGUACCCGAUACACUCAGGAGUGCUCAACAACAGGGCGUUGUUGUUGAAGGCACAGGGCAAGUACGACGAAGCCGGGAAGUUGUGUGAGCGUUCUCUUGCCAUCCGCGAGAAAGCACUAGGGCCUGACCACCCGGACGUGGCCCAGUCGCUCAACAACUGGGCGCUGUUGUUGGAGAGUCAGGUGAGAGCCAUACGAAUUCCAGGAAGUUUCUUGUGGUACCCGAUACACUCAGGAGUGCUCAACAACAGGGCGUUGUUGUUGAAGGCACAGGGCAACUACGACGAAGCCGGGAAGUUGUAUGAGCGUUCUCUUGCCAUCCGCGAGAAAGCACUAGGGCCUGACCACCCGGACGUGGCCCAGUCGCUCAACAACUGGGCGCUGUUGUUGGAGGCACAGGUGAGAGCCAUACGAAUUCCAGGAAGUUUCUUGUGGUACCCGAUAGACUCAGAAGCUCUCAACAACAGGGUGUUGUUUUUGAAGGCACAGGGCAACUACGACGAAGCCGGGAAGUUGUAUGAGCGUUCUCUUGCCAUCAGCGAGAAAGCACUAGGGCCUGACCACCCGGACGUGGCCCAGUCGCUCAACAACUGGGCGCUGUUGUUGGAGAGUCAGGGCGUUGUUGUUGAAGGCACAGGUGGGAGCCAUCAGAAAAUUUCAGGAAAUUUUUUGUGGUACCCGAUAGACUCAGGAAUGCUCAACGACGCGGCGGAGUUCUUGAGCAUUUGUUCCUUUGCUUUUCUUAUUUCAACUUGGCACUUAAAGAACGACUCUAUGACGCUGCCCACCUUCGUCCAGGGCGAGUACGCGGAAGGUGAACCUCAAUAUGCGCGCGCCACUUAUAUUUGGGAGAAAGCGUUGGGUCCCGCGCACCCACAAGUGGCAACAGCGCUCAACAACCGGGCGCUGUUGUUGGAGAGUCAGGUGAGAGCCAUACGAAUUCCAGGAAGUUUCUUGUGGUACCCGAUAGACUCAGGAGUGCUCAACAACAGGGCGUUGUUGUUGAAGGCACAGGGCAACUACGACGAAGCCGGGGAGUUGUAUGAGCGUUCUCUUGCCAUCCGCAAGACAGCAGCACUAGGGCCUUACCACCCGGACGUGGCCCAGUGGCUCAACAACUGGGCGCUGUUGUUGGAGAGUCAGGGCAAGUACGACCAAGCUGGUCCGCUUUAUGAUCGUUCCCUUGCCAUUCGCGAGAACGUACAAGGGCCUGAUCAUCCUGCGGUGGCAUUAACGCUCAACAACCGGGCGGGGUUGUUGAAGGCACAGGGCAACUACGACGAAGCCGGGAAGUUGUAUGAGCGUUCUCUUGCCAUCCGCGAGAAAGCACUAGGGCCUGACCACCCGGACGUGGCCCAGUCGCUCAACAACUGGGCGCUGUUGUUGGAGAGUCAGGUGAGAGCCAUACGAAUUCCAGGAAGUUUCUUGUGGUACCCGAUAGACUCAGGAGUGCUCAACAACAGGGCGUUGUUGUUGAAGGCACAGGGCAAGUACGACGAAGCCGGGAAGUUGUAUGAGCGUUCUCUUGCCAUCCGCGAGAAAGCACUAGGGCCUGACCACCCGGACGUGGCCCAGUCGCUCAACAACUGGGCGGUGUUGUUGGAGAGUCAGGUGAGAGCCAUACGAAUUCCAGGAAGUUUCUUGUGGUACCCGAUAGACUCAGGAGUGCUCAACAACAGGGCGUUGUUGUUGAAGGCACAGGGCAACUACGACGAAGCCGGGAAGUUGUAUGAGCGUUCUCUUGCCAUCCGCGAGAAAGCACUAGGGCCUGACCACCCGGACGUGGCCCAGUCGCUCAACAACUGGGCGCUGUUGUUGGAGAGUCAGGGCAAGUACGACCAAGCUGGUCCGCUUUAUGAUCGUUCCCUUGCCAUUCGCGAGAAAGUACAAGGGCCUGAUCAUCCUGCGGUGGCAUUAACGCUCAACAACCGGGCGGGGUUGUUGAAGGCACAGGGCAACUACGACGAAGCCGGGAAGUUGUAUGAGCGUUCUCUUGCCAUCCGCGAGAAAGCACUAGGGCCUGACCACCCGGACGUGGCCCAGUCGCUCAACAACUGGGCGCUGUUGUUGGAGAGUCAGGUGAGAGCCAUACGAAUUCCAGGAAGUUUCUUGUGGUACCCGAUAGACUCAGGAGUGCUCAACAACAGGGCGUUGUUGUUGAAGGCACAGGGCAACUACGACGAAGCCGGGAAGUUGUAUGAGCGUUCUCUUGCCAUCCGCGAGAAAGCACUAGGGCCUGACCACCCGGACGUGGCCCAGUCGCUCAACAACUGGGCGCUGUUGUUGGAGAGUCAGGUGAGAGCCAUACGAAUUCCAGGAAGUUUCUUGUGGUACCCGAUAGACUCAGGAGUGCUCAACAACAGGGCGUUGUUGUUGAAGGCACAGGGCAACUACGACGAAGCCGGGAAGUUGUAUGAGCGUUCUCUUGCCAUCCGCGAGAAAGCACUAGGGCCUGACCACCCGGACGUGGCCCGCUCGCUCAUCAACAAGGCGCUGUUGUUGGAGAGUCAGAGACAAAGCCCCGGAAUCGACGGAAGCGACGCGAGUGGCGAAGGAAGGGGGGGAGGAGCGAGACGCCAAUCUGGUGGAACCCCUCGGCGACGAUGGCCUGGAGACCCUGGACCUCUACACACAGAGACCCUUGCGAGAUCCUUGGGGCCGAAUCCUUGUACUUUCGGGUCGGCAAGCCUUGGCGUUGAGCUUGAAGUUGAAGCUGAUUCUCUCAGCGCAGAGGUGCAUCAUCCCGUGACGGUGUCUCCACGUCUUCUGUUCGUGGAAUGCGACAGCAGAGCUCCUUCUCACGAGGGCUGUGGCAAGGAGGAGUUCUUGGCCAUGACUUUCGUUCACGGCCCCAAAGAGGCGAUCUUUCUGGACAACAAGCCGGCAAAGCUGCGCUUCUUCAUGGGGUUUGUGGACGAAUUUGCAGCCGGAGCCAGCUCGGACCGGGUGGUUAAUGACGAGGACAUCGAGAAACACAUCUUGGAGACCUACAGACCUCUGACGAGUCCAGACGGGGUGGGCAAUUGGACUGCUCUGGAACCGUAUACCGUACACUUUCGUUCUCCGGUACUUGGGGGGCGGGAAGUAUGGGUCGAGAUUGCCCUUAAACACUUUUGCACUGUGGCCAACGGGACUAAGACAGCCGUUGUGCCAAACAUCCCGGGGUACAACCACAAGAAGUCCGGCAAUCUGCCCUACUUGAAAGGAGAUAUCGGAGGUUUAUUCGGCCCUCUUAGGAGGAAGGUCAGCCGGGAGAAAUCUGCGAGGCCAAUGGUUCGCUUGGGCAACGCCACGCAGGCAAGUCGCACCGAGUACGCCACUUUCACGAUUUAUCCGAGGAUCGAACACAGGGCCGUCGCCCAAAACAGCGACUACCACUUCGAGGCCGGUGGUGAAAUCGCUUCAGUUGGAGUGGGCCAAGGCCAAGGGAGCUCGGUGGAAGGUGCCGCUCUUGACGUCGCCAAGAGACCGAUCACGAAGAUCGUUGCCGCCGGAGACUACGACGACUGCGAGGUCCUCUGCGACCUGGGCGUGCACCUGCAGAUGAACGUCAAGAUCGGGGUGAUCGAAAACCUAGAAGCUAAGGACAACGUGAGGCACAGCAAGGGGACCCUGCAGGUGCUGGACGUGGAGGCCAUGGGAGGGAACAGAAUCCUGGUGCUACGACCGAAGCGCCUGAGGAUGCCAUGCUCGUUCCCUGUGCUACCCUGGCCGUCCACCCCGUGGGUCAUAAUGAACCACGGAGAGUGAGCAAGCCUCCGGCACAGAAGGUGCUGCUCCCGUGCUGGGGUGCUUUGUGGAAUUGGUAGAUGACUCUGUGGAGAGACACAUUUACUUUUGUCUAUGUAUCUCAGCUAUUCUGUACAUGGUUCCAGACCGCAGGAGAAGUAGAAGGAAGCGGACGAGCGGGGGAAGCGGCACCGCCCUAGCUGAAGUCCCAAAGUGGGAAGCUGAGCGCGUGGCGAGACACGUGGCCGACUAGUUACGCUGGGCCCCCUGCGCACCCUCUGCUGCCUACCGUCGCCCUGUCGCGCCGCCGCUGCCUUGCCCCUGGCCCCUAUCUAGCGUGCUGUUGCCCUGUCCUGCCUGUAUAUAUCCUUGUUUUGUUUCGCUUUGUUUUAAUUUAUGCCUUCCGGCUUGUGCCUACCAUGUGCACCUGUGUGUGCACAAUUUGUUUUGCCCUUGUUGCCCUUGACUGUCCAUCCCCGUUGCGAACUUGUUUCAUUUUUUUCUGCUCUCGAGGAAGUCACCUGGCUUUCACCUCUGAAGUAGCACCCACGUGUUUUCUUUGCCUUUUGUCUCUGUUUUGCUUUUUCUUGCUGUAGUAGUUCCCUUACCCUGGUGUUUUGGUUGCCUGGCCGGUGCAAACCCGGUAGAAAGCCCCUCGGCGUAGUUUGGGGCCAGUUGUGGCGGGGUGGGGGGGGUGUACUCAUAGUCGUGCAUGCCGUAGUCGUUAGA